AUGGAAACUGCAACAGUUCUUAGUAUUUUUAUUUCAAGUUUACUACUAGGUAUUACAAUAUACUCUAUAUAUACUGCUUUUGGCCCUGUUUCAAAAGAAUUGAGAGAUCCUUUUGAAGAGCAUGAAGAAUAA